AUGGACAACACGAUUAACCAAUCGUCAGAGGACAGGGAGGAUCCCUUCUCGUUCAUGUUCGCUAGCGAUCCAAUAGCCACGGACACAGUCUUCCAGGAUGGUGGAUUAAGCGAGCUAUCAGCUGCAUUGACAGCUGCGCAUGCGAAUUCAUUCCAGACUGAGAGCCCAUGGAUGUCAGGAGUAACGCCGGAUGGGAUCUCAAACAACUCCACUGCCUUCUCGUCACCGUUGACUCCAGGUACACCGAUCACACGUCCAAAGCUAGGAAGCAGAUUCUCCCGAGAAGUCAUUCGGACACUAAAGACUUGGCUUGCUGCUCACCAGCAGCAUCCAUAUCCACGAGAUGACGACAUGGAGCUUUUGCAGUUGCGCACUGGUCUGAACCAGGCACAACUCACUAAUUGGUUCGCAAAUGCUCGCCGCCGCGGCAAAGUGCAAGGUGCUCGUCCUGUUACACCACGAGCACCUGACAGCUCAUCGAACCCUGUUGAUAUCAUUCAAAGGCCAGGGACUCCUGCAAUUCGACAGGAUUCUCGUGCAAAGGAUCCAUUGCAGCGAUGGGUGGACAGUCCGCCUGAACAUGAGCCGGCGGACGUAGGAGACAUUGCUCGUGCUAUGGCGUCGAGUUCACGAAGUGAAUCAGGCAUAAAUGGCGUAAAAGGGUAUGAUUAUGCAGACAACGACCAGUGGCGUUCUCCUUAUAUAUCGUCUGCAAGCAGUGCUGGCACUUCUCAAUCCAGCGAAGUUUCGACACAUCGUUCUUCAGGAUCACAAAGCUCUCUCAAGGCUCGCCGGGCAGCUCGGCGAAAGCGAACUCCCCGGCGGAGGCCACUGGAAACCGACCUUUCUGCUAACCCUAGUAUGCCAUACCAGUGUACCUUCUGCACUGACACAUUCAAGACAAAGUACGACUGGCAGCGUCACGAAAAGUCUCUGCAUUUACCACUCGAGAAGUGGGUGUGUGCUCUCCAUGGACCUCGUGCGCCAAAGCCGCAAUCUGCAGAAAUGUGUUGUGUUUUCUGUGGUGAAUCUGACCCCGCGGAAGCUCACAUUGAGUCCCACCACUUCUCCUUGUGCCAGGAUCGGACUCUAGAAGAACGGACGUUCCAUCGUAAAGACCACCUCGUACAACACCUACGUCUUGUGCACCAGGCGAAAUAUGAAGCUUGGUCAAUGAAAGAUUGGAUGGUGCCGAUGCCCGACAUAAAAUCGCGAUGCGGCUUUUGUGGUGCUGAAAUGACCAAAUGGGAAGAGCGAACCGACCAUCUAGCGGAACACUUUAGGAAUGGUUCGACUAUGGAAGGGUGGAAGGGUGAUUGGGGCUUCGAGGAAAGCACGCGACGACUCGUCGAGAGUGCUGUUCCGCCAUGUCAGUCCUCCCAUCGCAUCUACGCUGGGUUCGAUGCUGACACCAACGCAGACUUCAUUCACUAUGAGCGUAAUACACUCGUUCCAAUGCGGGCUACUGAUACACCCUGGGGCUCUCCGCCCAACGGCUACGAGCUUGUCAAGAUUGAGAUCGAAUUCUUUAUCCAGAAUUACAUUGAUAUACAUAGCAGACUACCAUCAAACGAUGACAUUCAAGUCGAGGCAUGUCGGAUCAUCUUCGCUGCAGAAUCAGCACCUGACGCAAACUCUUCUGUUACUUCUACCUUAUCUCGCGAGUCAUGGUUGCGCGACGUUAUUAUGGCUUCUCCGGAGCUCACCAGGCGAGCUCGAUUUGGUCCCCUUCGAACUUCGAGCGAAAGCCGGCAUUCACCGAUGAAGAUAAACGGGAAGGAACAUUUGUUUGAAGACUGUCCUUUUGAAGCACGACUCCGGGCUUUUGUCGUGGACCACCACAUUUCAGGCACGUCACUUGUCGAUGGCCAGCUGCAAACGCAGAUGUGCACCAUCGUGCGAGAAAUGGAAAGAGUGUCGAACACACCGUCGGAUAUGUAUGCGAAUUGGAUCAUGAAGUGCAUUUGCUCUGGAAAUUGGUGGCUUCAAAGCUUCAAACAACGAGCAGGUGUGGUGUCCACAACGGACCCAUCUAUUGCCCUACCUGAAGUGCACUUGCAACGAGCGCACAUCGAUUGGAUACAGAGUACUUUUCAGUCCCUCUCAUACUUCGACGCUGCCCAGAACGUUACACAAACACAGCAUAACUCGCUCCCGCUUGUUUCACCCGACCUGUUGCCUCCGAAAGAGCUGAACACCAACAUGACUCAAAGUGUCUCCAGCGAGGCGCAGAUCAUACCACUGACUCAGACUACAAUGUUCGAUAUGCGGGGAAAGCAGCAGGGCUUUUUGCCACCAGAGGACACCAACUAUUUCCGUAUCUUCGAGAGCGAUAUGAGGCGAUGGGUCGCUGCAACUAUGUCGCCAAAGAACCCGAACUGUCAUGUGCCGUCUGACCAAGAGAUCCAACAUCAAGCUAGAUGGAUCAUGUAUGAUGGGGACGAUCCUUGGAACCAAACGCCAGCAGACUAUUCGGAAUGGCUGUGGAGAUUCAAAGAAGCAAUGGGUAUCUCGCACGAUGAAAAUGCGGGCAUGCCAACAGGAUCCACUUAA